AUGGGAGUAAAGAAUCUGAAACACGACUCUGAAUUGACAACUGGCUUGUUCGAGAUAUUCUCACUGCUGAGGGGACAGGGUCGCUCCGAGGCGCCUGUCAAGAGUUCCGAGGCGCCUGUCAAGAGUUCCGAGGCGCCUGUCAAGAGUUGCGAGGCGCCUGUCAAGAGUUCCAAGGCGCCUGUCAAGAGUUCCGAGGCGCCUGUCAAGUGUUCCGAGGCGCCUGUCAAGAGUUCCGAGGCGCCUGUCAAGUGUUCUGAGGCGCCUGUCAAGAGUUCCGAGGCGCCUGUCAAGUGUUCUGAGGCGCCUGUCAAGAGUUCCGAGGCGCCUGUCAAGUGUUCCGAGGUGCCUGUCAAGAGUUCCGAGGCGCCUGUCAAGAGUUCCGAGGCGCCUGCAAAGAGUUCCAAGGCGCCUGUCAAGAGUUCCAAGGCGCCUGUCAAGAGUUCCAAGGCGCCUGUCAAGAGUUCCAAGGCGCCUGUCAAGAGUUCCGAGGCGCCUGUCAAGAGUUCUGGCCCCUGUUUUACAGGCGCCAGAACUCUUUUUAGCAGGGGCCAAAGAACUAUCCUUAUUACUAUUAAACCCAAUGAUCUUGCUAUUAAACCCAAUGAUCUUGCUAUUAAACCCAAUGAUCUUGCUAUUAAACCCAAUGAUCUUGCUAUUAAACCCAAUGAUCUUGCUAUUAAACCCAAUGAUCUUGCUAUUAAACCCAAUGAUCUUGCUAUUAAACCCAAUGAUCUUGCUAUUAAACCCAAUUAUACAGAGCUUUGCACUAAGCGGUUGCAUGUGAAGUUAUCUGUGGGACAUUUGGAGGAAAGUUCCAAGUUAUCUGAGGAGCAUUUGGAGGAAAGUUCCAAGUUAUCUGAGGAGCAUUUGGAGGAAAGUUCCAAGUUAUCUGAGGAGCAUUUGGAGGAAAGUUCCAAGUUAUCUGAGGAGCAUUUGGAGGAAAGUUCCUAG